UCAACAUUAAAUUAAAAAUGGCCAUUAAUAAAGUAUUAAUUGUAUUCACAUUAACAUUGUUAACAAGUGCGAAAGGUGCUGAUUUAAUAGAUAUAUCUGUUAAUAUUGCACAUUCCAUAUUCUAUAACAACUCUGUAACAACAGUGAUGUGGUCUCCAAAUAGCUGUGAUGAUGUUACAAUGUUUUUAUCAAAUUAUCAAGGUCUCACGUAUCGUGCGCCAUUAGAAAUUAACGACAAUGUACGUGAAAUUAAAAUCACACAUACUCGUAACUAUAAACAAGUCGUCCUUUUUAUAUCAAAGUCUAAUGAGUUUGAAAACUACAUUAAUUUAAUUUAUGAAAUUAUAAUUGAACCUAUUCGAAUAAUAUUAGUGUUGACUAAUGAAGAUGCAAACUUAACAGAAAUCACUAACAUUUCUUGGAAAUAUGAUAUCGCUGAUAUCUUCAUAUUACAUAACGAAAAUAAUACAGCAAAAAUAUAUACAUAUUUUCCAUAUAGUAAUGGAAUCUGUGAUGAUACUACGCCAGUCCUGUUAAAUGAUGUAUGGGAUAUAAAAGUGGUUCACAAAAAUAAAUUUAAAAACUUUCAAGGCUGCCCAAUUAAAAUUACUUUAAUGCAUCUUAAUCCAUACAUUACAUAUAAUAAAGUAAAUGAUACAGUCACGUCCAUAGCUGGUACAGAAGCUGAGCUACCUUUUAUUCUUAGUUAUGUACUGAAUGCUAGUUUGGAGAUUUUACCUGCCUCUUUAACUGUUAAUAUUUCAAAUUCAACCAACACCGAACUCUUUUCAAAUGUGAGAGAUCGUAUAAGUGAUAUAGUAAUACCUAGUACAGUAUUGGAUGUGUACAGGUACAAAUUGUCACAAAUAUCUUAUGUGUAUAACGUUAAAAUAUAUUGUUGGGUAGGACCACCGCGGAGAGCAAUUGAAACGUGGUCCAAAAUUAGACACGCUUUCUUUAGCAAUUCGAUUAGUCCAUUUUUCUGGACAACGUUCGCAAUAUUUGUAGUAUUAUUAAAAUUCAUUCCAAAAUGUUAUUCACUUAGACACAAAGGUGAAAAAGAUGUUCUUAUUAAAGCAUACUCGAUUUUUCUAGGACAAGAAACUAAAUUUAAAACUAAAUCAGCUUUAAUUACUAGUCUUUUUACUAUGUGGAUCUGGUUUUGUGUCGUUGUACGUCAGGUGUUUCAAGCAAAUUUAACGAGCGGCUUACAAAACGUAUUUUUGGAGGCACCGUGGACGUCUAUGGAUGAUGCAGUAAAUGAAGUUGAAGGUUACGGAGGGGGACUCCUAUAUAAAUCAAUGCUAAAGGGCUCUAAACUAGAAAAUGAUUAUCAAACGAUCGAAAUGCGUGGUAAUUAUACAUGGCUUCAACAUAUUGCGAAGGGAAAAAGGUUUAUCGUAUUCGCCGAUAAGCUAGUGAUUCAACUGUUAAAUUUAGGUACAGACUUACAAUAUAUUGGUUCGAGGACAUACUCUGCACCCUCUUGCUUAUUCAUGAGACGUGGAUGGCCAGCUGCAAAAAGAAUUAACGAACUCAUUCUAAGAGCAAUUGAAUCAGGAUUUGUUGUAAAAGCAACUAAAGAUGAACAAUUUAAAAGUAUGAUAACUCUACAUUUAGACAAUACAAAUGCAGUUAAAGAUCCUCAGCCCCUAAGUUUGAAUGAUUUUAAAGGAAUCCUUCUCUCCCUAUUAUCUGGGAUAUUAUUAUCCCUAUUACUAUUUAUGAAAAGUUAA